UUUAAUUACGACGCGUUCGUGAAUACAAUCAUACCGUUCGUCCAACACAAACACGGAAUGAUGGAUGAUCUUAACAAAGGAUAAUUGUAUUAUUGCUACUAUUAUCCUACUGACCCUUCUCGCUCUCUCUCUCUGUGUAUUUAUGAAUCUAUGCUGACUUCUCUUGCCGGUUUUUACUACGAAAUGAAAACCUACAAAUAGGAUACUUCAAUCGUUUACAAAAACUUAGAGGAAGCAUUCUGUAUAGUGACAAAAUCUUUUUUGUUCAAAAAAGACGUUUGAAUGAACCAUUUUUUUUGCUGUUUUGCUAGAACUAUUCGUUGCGCCUAAAUAGGAACAGUUUAUUUAAAAAGAAGACAGAAGACAGAGAAGAGUAUACUUUACUUGUGAACAAGCAUCAAUUGACAUUCAUUUCAGAGAAGGGGAGUGAUCUUACAUUGCGAACUCCAACAGCUUUAUAUCAUUUUUCUUCCAAUUAUCUAAAAAAAAAUGUACCUUUGAAAUUUAACCAAAAUUUGUUUAUUUAGAUAUUCAUUUAGACUAAUAUCUACUGGCAUACACUUUGUAUUUGGCGACAAUUUUACGAAAAGACCAUGCCAUUGAAUUUACUGAAACAUAAAAGCUGGAAUGUGUACAGCGAAAAAAAUGUGGAGCGAGUCCGCCGUGAUGAAGAAUUGGCCCGAAUUUCUGAUGAACAAUUAGCUAAACGGGAUUCUGAAAAUAGACUUCGAAGACUGAGAGGCCAGACAGAAUUACCAGGGUUGGAGUCGGCUCCAAAGGGAAAGUUUGCGAAUUUCUGGGAGCAAGAAGAGAAGCAGGAACAUAAUCGUCAAGAGCUUUACAAAAAACAUGGACAUGAGAUUGAAGUUAUGAAAGAGAAACAUGGACUAGGUCCUCUUCCGUGGUAUAUGAAACAAAAUACAGAAUCAACAGAAAAUCUGACAUCAGCCACUAUAAAGAGAUCAAUCCGCGACGACCCUAUGUCGCUCGUAGAUUCUCUUCUCUCAGAAAAAUCUAAUGUUGAUGAAAAAAAGAGAGAGGAGAGGGUAUAUAAGAAAAAAGAAAGACACCGCUCUAAACGAAGUUCCUCGAAACAGCACGGUUCUCUAUCUCACAGGCACGGAAUUUCAAAAAGGCAUCGGCAUCAUGAUACAUAACGUUAUAAACCCCUCGAUUGUCAUCUUCAAUAAGAACAAUUAUAAGACAAUUUUAAGGAUGGAAUCUCAAUUUCGCUUAGUCAAAUGCAGAUUGAUGUUAUUCAAUCUGAUAUUGUACCUGAUCUGAAUUCACCAUACGUUGUGUUAUUAAUGUUUUAUUCGUAUGGCUUUACGUUCGUGCUUAUUAAAAAAAAAAUUUUUUAUAUAUUUUUUUAUGGAAAACUGCUUUUUUACGAACUCAUAUAUGUACUGUGC